AUGAAGGUCUUAAUUUAUUUUGUACUCUUCUUUAUUAUGAUGAACAUAUCGCAAGCAAGACGGCGAAGAUCUCAGAACUGCAGAGAAAAGAUGGACUACAACUCAGAUUUAGUGUUUACAGGAACAGUUGAAAGAAUUUAUCGCUCUAGAGCGGAACUAUACAGGGGUAUUGUUAAAGUAAAGAGGGUUUUUAAAGGUGAUGCGAGUUUCGCGGACAAUACUGUAAUAGUGGAAGGAUUUGGUAAUGAAAACCUUUGCAACAGUGAUGUCAGAGAGAGAGAUACACGAAUUUUUCUUGUGAGCAUUUCAAAGAAUGGUCAUUUGCGAUUGAACUCAAGUGUUGUGAGGGUGACUGUGUCUAACUUGGAACGAACUGUCUCAGCUGUCAGAGGGUUACCUCAGAAGACACGGAAGUUAGCUGUUGAAAGUGAGUGUGAACAAAUGUAUUGCGCGUACGGAGCUCUUUGUGUAGUAGAUAAAAGAACACAGCAAGCGCACUGUAGAUGUCAAGAAAUAUGUUCAGAUGUAUUUGCCCCAGUUUGUGGCAGUGACGGUGUUACAUACUCAAGUGAUUGUCAACUAAGGAUGGCUUCUUGCACGAAACAAAGAAGAAUAUUUACGAAGCAUCAAGGACCGUGUGAUAUAAAAGAUCCAUGUGAAGAAAAAGAGUGCCAUUUUGGUGCUCAAUGCGAACCAUCGUUGGAUGGUAGGUCAGCUGAAUGCAUUUGUCCAGAAAAGUGUGCUACGUUUGGCGACAGCAGAUCGAGGCAAGUUUGUGGAACGGACGGGAAAGAUUAUGCUAAUGUUUGUGAAAUGCGGAGGACGUCAUGCCUCGAAAUGAGAGAGAUAGAAGUGCGAUACAAAGGCCAAUGUGAUCCCUGUGAAAGCGUCACUUGCCCAACCUUCCAAGUAUGUCAACUUGACGAAAACCGCAAUGCCGUAUGCCGAUGCAAUGACGUAUGUUCCGCAGAAUACCGGCCUGUAUGCGGAUCAGACGGCAAAACGUACGACAAUGAAUGCGUUCUCAGAGUGGAAGCUUGCAAACUACAGAAAAAUAUUCGAGUCAUCUAUUCUGGGGAUUGCAGUUCAGGCACGAAUCCUUGCGAUUUAAUCAAAUGUGGACCUGGACAAGAGUGCGACAUUGACCGCUUUGGGACAGCUUCUUGCCAAUGCCCAUCUUCAUGUGAGCCCAAAAUGCAGCCGAUAUGUGGUUCCAAUGGACGCACAUUUGAUAACGAGUGUGAACUGAAAAGACAGUCUUGCCUGUUAAGAACGGAGCUAACGGCAGUACAUCAAGGAGAAUGUGGAGACCAUGGUCCUUGUCAUACUCAUCAUUGCUCUUAUGGGGCAAUGUGUGUAGUGAAAAAUGGCCAACCAGUGUGUGACUGUCCAACAUGUGCUGAAGAAUUUGAACCAGUGUGUGGAACGGAUGGCAUUUCAUACACAAAUCCUUGCAAACUAAAGCGAGAAGCUUGUGAGCAGAAAUCUGAGGUUAUUGUCGCGCAUGAAGGGCUCUGCAACACCUGUCACGCCCAGCAGUGCGAUUUUUAUGCCGUCUGUGAAAGCUUCGGUGGCGGAGAAACACGGUGCGUCUGCCCUGAAGUGUGCAUUAAGGUUGACGCUCCUGUCUGUGGAUCGGAUGGAGUAUCAUACCCUAAUGAAUGCGAACUUCGAGUUGAAGCCUGUAAAAAGCAACAAUAUGUAGCAGUAGCAACGAAAGGACAUUGUGACCAAUGUGAACAUGUGCAUUGCAAAUAUGGCGCCAGAUGUGAUAGCGGGAAAUGCGUCUGUCCGUCACACUGUCCUGAGAUGAGCGAAUUUGUUUGUGCAAGUGAUGGGAAAACGUAUAAGAAUGAGUGUGAGAUGAAACGAAUCGCCUGCCAGAAGAAAAGGGACAUUUCUGUGCAAUUUUAUGGAACGUGUGAAAUGAUUUCGGAAGACUUGGAACCUGAUGAUGGAAACCAGCCCGCCUUGAGACAAAGAAAAAUCAGUAGUUGUCAAGACAAACAAUGCAGAUACGGCGGCAUUUGCGACUUCAACUCGGAGGGUACACCCUUUUGUGUUUGCACGUUUCAUUGCCCCACAUUCAAAGAACCCGCGUGCGGUUCAGACGGAAAAAUGUACGACAAUGAGUGCCAGAUGCGUGAAGAGUCCUGUCUUCUACAAAAGCGGAUUGAAUCUUCUCCGAGGGAAGCUUGCGUUGGUCACAUCGAGAUUGCGUGCGAUGGCGAGCCACCAGUGGUUGAUCCUGUCACAGGGAAAGAUUAUUUUUGUGGUAAAGGUCGUGGCUCCAAAUUAUGUCCAAUAAAUACAGUCUGCCAUGUUACAAAAUAUUUUGCAAAAUGUUGCAAGGAAGCACCAUUUAUAAAAAAUUGUGCCGAUACGCCUUUUGGUUGCUGCCCUGAUGACAGGAGUCCUGUACUGGGUCCUAAUAAUGGUGGAUGCCCUAAUGUGUGCAACUGCAACAAACUUGGAUCAUACAGUUUUACGUGUGAUCCCGUAUCGAAACAGUGUCCUUGCAAACCUGGAGUUGGUGGUUUACGUUGUGACAGAUGCGAGCCCGGUUAUUGGGGUCUUCAUAAAAUUUCGGAUGGCAAUAGUGCAUGUACUCAUUGUAACUGCAACCCCUAUGGCUCCAUACGUGAUGACUGUGAGCAAACAACAGGACGCUGCGUAUGUAAACACGGAAUUCAAGGCAUGAAAUGCGAUGCAUGUCCUAGUGGUAUGGUGUUGGGUCCUGAAGGUUGUUUAGAUGAAUCUCAAGCUAAUGCGACAGCCGUCUCCUGUGACGAUUUACGGUGCUUCCAUGGAGCUCGUUGCGUGGAAAUUGAUUUCGUCCCGCAGUGCAGCUGCGAUUUCAAAUGUUCCCCAGCGGACAGUAGAGACCCUGUGUGUGGCAAUGACGGCAACACCUAUGGAUCCGAGUGCCAGAUGAGACUCUUUAGCUGCAGAAACCAGAAGCCCAUUACCAUAAGAUACUACGGAGUUUGUGGAAGAAACAAUGAAACAGAAAAAUCUACAUCGACGUCUCCAAGAUUACCAAAGAGGAGAAGUUACGUGAAAAAGUCAGACAGCAAAUCGACUAGGGAAGUUACAAUGAACCUACCGGAAAACCUUUACAUGACUACAAAAGCACAAUUCAUGAAUAUUACAACAACAGCAUUGCCAAUAUUAGCUUUUGCUCCAGAUCCAGAUAUUCCGAUUGAAAUACCAUCGUUCUCUGGUGCAUCCUACAUGGAACUUUAUAAACUAGAAGCAUAUUCUCGUCUUUCUCUGGAAAUGGAAUUUAAAUCUUUUGCCAGAGAUGGAAUCCUUCUUUAUAAUGGACCAACAGAGUCAAAAUCUGCAGAUUUUGUUUCACUUAGUCUAAAAGAUGGUUUUAUCGAGUUCAGGUAUAAUUUGGGCAGUGGAGCUGUAGUACUUACAUCAUCCGAACGAAUACAACUUGGAAAAUACCAACGAGUCAUUGCAAAGAGAUAUCUUAAAGAUGGCAUGCUUGCUGUGGAUGGUCAAGAAAACGUGCAUGGGAAAAGUUUAGGAACGCUCAGUUCUUUAGAUUUGGUAAACAAUCUUUAUGUCGGUUACGUGCCAGGAUUAUCCAAAAUAGUGGCAGCAAACACUGGUGUUGAAAACGGUUUAAUUGGAUGCAUUCGCCGUCUAAAGAUAGAUAGAAGAGAUGUAAACCUUAGAUACCCAACAUCUAAAGAAGUACUGAAGAGUUCAGGAUUAAGUGAAUGUAGCCAAAACACAUGCAGUGGACUGCCUUGUAAAAACGGGGGAACAUGUGUCUCUGUUCAUAUAAAAACGUUCCAGUGUAUCUGCCCAGAUGGUUUUUCAGGUGAAAAGUGCGAACUAAACUCAAAUCCAUGUUCAAGCAAUCCCUGCAAACAAGGUUCAACUUGCGUUGUUUUGCCUCAAGGAAGUUUUAGUUGCAAAUGUGCUCCAGGAAAGGCUGGAAAGUUUUGUGACAAAUCAAAAACCGAGUACAAACUGCAAUACAUACCAGACUUCCUCAACAAUUCGUAUUUAGAACUUCCGACUCUCCAGAAUGCCAAGCAUGCCUUUUCAAUUGAAGUUUGGUUUUUGACGCGGUCUCCCAACGGGGUAAUUUUGUACAACGGCCAAAUGAUGAACGGCAAAGGAGAUUUCAUGGCUCUAAACCUACAGAAUGGACAUUUGAAUUUCAUUUACAACUUGGGAAGCGGGGUUGCUAAUAUAACCUCACGAAAUGAAGUAUCUUCAAACAAAUGGCAUUCAGUCAAAAUCAGUCGUCUAAGAAGACAAGGAACUCUUAAAGUAGACAAUGAGACGGCUUCCAUUGGAAAAUCAAAGCCCCCUUUGACAGAACUCAAUUUAUCACUUCCGCUAUAUAUCGGUGGGAUUCCGGACCUAAAAAGUGUGCACCAAAGCUCCGGAAUAAGGAAAGGAUUGAAUGGAGCUAUACAGAAGAUAAUCAUGAAUGGGGAGCAGUGGGAUCCUCUUACUGCCAAAGCGAUCCGGGCGCAUCGUGUUAGGAAAUAUGACGGAACUCCCUGUCUAAAUGGAACGUGUCUUCAUGGAGGCAUUUGUAUUUCUGAAUUGAACUCUUUUACUUGUAGAUGUUUGUCGAAGUAUAGUGGGAAAAGGUGCGAGAAAAGAAUUCGCAAAAAGGAUUUUCAGCGUGCUAUUUCUUUCAAUGGAACAACAUAUCUGAAUUUUCCGUACAAGAAUGUAAAAGGCUCCCGCAGCAGGAAAUCAAAUAGGUUCCAAGUUCGAUUUCGUACCACUCAUUCUACGGGGCUAUUGUUCUGGACGAAUAAAGGCUCUAGUCUUAAAGGCGAUUACCUUGCUGUUGCUAUAGUGAAUGGAUAUCCUGAACUCAGCUACAACUUAGGCAAGCAGAAAGAUUUCUGGGUUAUUAAGGGCAACAAAAGAGUCGAUGACGGCUUAUGGCACUCUAUGACCAUUCACAGGAAAAAAAGACUGGGAGAAAUACGAUUGGAUAAAUCUUUCCUCACAUCAAACAUUUCGGAACCUGGAGCUACAGAUUUAAACACAGAUGGGAUGUUAUGGAUAGGAGGAUCACCCAACUUGCCGACAGGUCUUCCAUUUCACUAUUACCAAGGAUUCGUUGGAUGUAUUGAUUCUGUUAUCAUAGACAAAAGUCCACUUCAGCAUCUACUAACAGGCUCAGAAGACAUAGAAUUUUGUGGAAAUUCGAAACUACGUCAGACAUAGUCAUUUCCCAUCCGAACUCUCAAAGUCAAUCAGCUUACUUGACUGAACUUUGCAAAAUCAAACUUACAUGUUCC